CCCGACCGGAAGUGACGCUGGGGGCGGGGCCGAGCAGCCUGGUGGCGGCGCGGGCAGCAGCUCUGGCAGCCUCGGGAGGGCGCGGCGGCGGGGAACGACACAGGUGCCGUCAGACCUCGCAGCUCGCUUGGGUCACCCGUCUAGCCCGGCCGGCCUGCCCGGGUCAGCAGGCAGGAGCUGCGGAGCGUAGAGGGAAACCCGUCCUGCUUGCUGCCUCUGUGCGCCCACUGCCCUUCUGAGUUAGAGGCCUUCUCCAGUGGAGUCGGUGACACCCUUUCUUGGGCUGAUGGGCCACGGUCACAGCCGCCCCUGGGGCUCCUGACCGCCUCUCCUGUGUCGCCACCACAGUGGCCAAGAGGUGAGCUUGGGGGUGUGCACAGGAUGACGGACUGCAAGGACUUAGAAGCCGAGAUCUACCCGCUGAAGAACGAGAACAGGAAGGUGCAGGAGCAUCUGGGAAACCGAGCGGGAAAGGAAACCAGCGUGAAGCCGCCCCCGCGGUCCCGCCUCUCCCGGUGCCGGAUGGUGGCCUUUUUUCUUUCGCUGUUCGUCUGCCUUUUUGUGGUGUUCGUGGUUUCCUUCAUCAUCCCAUGUCCAGACCGGCCGGCGUCACAGGGGGUGUGGAGGAUCGAUUACGAGGCAGCAGUCGCCUAUGACUUUCUGGCCACAGAAGACGUGAACAAGGACAGGAUCCAGGAUGUUUUCUUUCUUUAUAAAAACACCAACAGCAGCAGAAGCAAUUUCAGCCUCUCCUGUGCUGAUGAAGGCUUUUCCUCCCCCUGCACCUUUGUGGCCGCUGUGUCGGGGGCCAACGGCACCGUCCUCUGGGAGAGGCCCGUGGCCCAGAACAGGGCCCUCGUGGAGUGCGGUGUCCCCCAGCCGAGGGGCAGCGGGGUGUCUUCUGCCUGCAUCAUCCUCGGCAGACCUGGCCCUUUCAUUGCAGUAGACUCGGUCACAGGGGAGACCCUGUGGAGCCAUCCCAGCAGCUUCGGGGGGAACGUGUCUGUCCUGAGCCCUCUGCUCCAGGUGCCCGACAUCGAUGCUGACGGGGUCCCAGACCUGCUGGUCCUCACCCAGGAGGAGAACCAGGUCAACGGCUACGUCUAUUCAGGCAGCACCGGGCAGCAAGUCGGCCCCCCGGGCAGCCUGGGUGUGGACGGGACCAGCGGCUCCAUCCUCUAUGUCACCAGUGCAGGUGCCCACUACAUCCUCAUCCCCUGCGGCACCUCCCUCUGCAGCCACUCAGUGAAGGGCCUGUAUGAGAAGGCCACCGGGAGGGACAGCUCGCUCAAGAGCGACCCCCUCUGGGAGGGCAGGCUCAACGCCACCUCCCACAGGCUGCAGGAGCACAGCUCGGGAGCUGUCCGCUACCUGAUGAACGUUCCGGGGAAGGUGGGUGAGGACCUGCUUCUCGUGAGUGCCGAGGCCUGCGUGCUGCUGGACGGGCAGGAGCUGGUGCCCAGGUGGACCCUCGGUGCAGCCCAGGUCCUGAGAAAACCCAUCCUCGGCUACUACAAACCCGACACCCCGGCCAUGGUCAUUGAGAACGGGACCGGCUCCAAGAGACAGAUCCUGCUCCUGGACCUCAGCUCCGGGGCUGUCCUGUGGAGCCAGGCCCUCCCAGGCCUCCCCAGGGACCCGCGGUCCGCCAGCCUGCCCACCGCAGACCACCGCUCCGCCUUCUUCUUCUGGGGCCUCCACGAGCUGGCUGGUGCCAACCAGACAGUACAGUCUUGGGUCCUGGAGCCCGGAGCUGCCGGGCACCGCCUGUACAUGUUCCACCCCACGCUGCCCGGAGUCCUGCUGGAACUGGCCAACAUCUCCACCCGCAUUGUCACCUUCCAGGUGGUUCUGCUUGAGCCGAGCCGCCACGCUGCCUACAUUCUCCUGACGGGCCCGGCCAGCCCGGAUCCACCCGGCCUGGUCUCCGUGGCCAAACACAAGGUGCGGGACCUCAUCCCGAGCAGCAAGGUAGUCCGCCUGGCUGAGGGUGACCCCGACAGCGACCAGGCCGUCAGGGACCGGUUCUCUCGCCUACGGUACCGGAAUGAGGCCUAGACGUGGUUUGGCCAGAGCCCGAAGCAGAGGCGGCUGCUGAAGUUUCACAUCCUGGGAAGUCAGCCCUUCACUGGCUCGGUCUGCACGCCGACUCCUGACCUGGUGACCUGGCGACGCUCUCCACUGGGCCCGUCACCCCAGGGACAUGCCGGGGCCUCUCCCCUCUCCCGCCAGCAUGCCAGGUCCUCACUCAGGUCCCCACUCCGAGCCCCACCCGGGUCUCCCUGGGCAGAGCCCGUGCUGGCAGCAGCUCACCCUCACUCCUCCAUGCCUGGCCAGAGCCUCGGCUGCAGAAUCCCCUCCCUUUUUCCGUCUGAGCCUUGCCUUCUCUGCAGUGUCUCCCUGGGGUCGUGGAGCUCAGAGGGUGGUGGGCCCUGGGGUGGCUUGAGGCAGGCCCACACCCCAGUGUGGUUGGUGGUGACUUGCCCUGGAGAGCCCAUGACGGGGCCCAUGAGGAAUGGGGCCUGGGAGGAUGUGACGGAUGGGCUGCCUGGAGCUGUGAGUGUCCCGAGGACCUGGCCCCAGGAUGCGCCCUGGGGUCAGCGUGCACCCCUGGGUACACACUGGGGCUCCUCGUCCCUCAGGGAUCCCUGCACCCCUGGGUGUGGCCAGCGACCCCUCCUUCCUGGUGCUUGGACACCCCCCACCAGUCGGUGUCACCUGAUGCAAGACUCACCUCUGUGCCUUGGUCACCCCAGACCCGCCUGGUGCUGUGGGACUCAGCCGUGCCCGGACAAAAGCAAGCAGCCUGAUGACCCCGGGUACCUCGGGAAGAAAUCAGAAUAAACACUGGUUUUGCACUGUC